AACCAGAGAAGCAGACUUCAGCAGACCAGCCCUUCCAAUCCAGAUCUGCCUGAUAGGACCCACUUUCUCGGUGGCCAGUGACCGGUCCUUGCCCCAGGAUGUGGACCAUGUCCAGAGCAGCCUUGGUCUUGGUCUGUUUGGCCGUAGCUUCUGCGGCCUCUGAGGGAGGCCUCAAGGAUCCAGGACAGAGGGAGCUGAGGCCAGAGCACCUUCAAGAAGUUGGCUAUGCAGCACCCCCCUCCCCACCGCUGACCCACAGCCUCCCCAUGGGUCACCCUGACACCUUUCAGCAUGGCCCUCCCUUUGAGGGACAGAGUGAAGUGCAGCCCCCGCCCUCUCGGGAAGCCACCCCUGUCCAAGAGGAGGAGCUGCCUCCUCCCCAACUCCCUGUUGAAAAGGAAGUGGAUCCUCCUCCCCCUCAGGAAGCCAUACCCCUCCAAGAAGAGCUGCCCCCUCCCCCACUCCCUAUUGAACAGAAGGAAGUAGACCCACCUCUCCUACAUCAGGAAGAGAUGAUCUUCCAAUCUGAUCAGAGAGAGGAAAAGCCUGCUCCCUUUGUGGGCCAGGGCUCUCCAGAGCCUGAAUCUUGGAAUCCAGCCCAGCACUGCCAACAGCGCCGAUUCCGAGGGGGCUGGGCCCACAGGCUGGACGGCUUCCCCCCUGGGAGGCCUUCUCCAGACAAUCUGAACCAGAUCUGCCUUCCUGACAGACAACAUGUGGUAUAUGGCCCCUGGAACCUGCCACAGACUGGCUACUCCCACCUUAGUCGCCAGGGUGAGACCCUCAAUUUCCUAGAGACUGGAUAUUCCCGCUGCUGCCGCUGCCGUAGCCGCAAAAACCGCCUAGACUGUGCAAAACUUGUGUGGGAGGACGCAAUGACCCGGUUCUGUGAGGCCGAGUUCUCAGUCAAGACUCGAGCCCACCAGUGCUGCAAACAGCAGGGGGAGGCUCGAUUCUCCUGCUUCCAGGAGGAAGCUCCCCAGCCACACUACCAGCUCCGGGCCUGCCCCAGCCACCAGCCUGGUAUUUCCUCGGGCCCUGAGCUGCCUUUUCCCCCUGGGGUGCCCACACUGGACAAUGUCAAAAACAUCUGCCACCUGAGACGCUUCCGCUCUGUGCCACGCAACCUCCCAGCUACUGACCCCCUCCAAAGAGAGCUUGAGGCUCUGACCCGGCUGGAGGGAGAGUUCCAGCGCUGCUGCCGCCAGGGGAACAACCACACCUGUACAUGGAAGGCUUGGGAGGAUACCCUUGACCGAUACUGUGACCAGGAACAAGCUGUAAAGACCCACCACCACUUGUGCUGCCACUACCCUCCUAGCCCUGCCCGGGAUGAGUGCUUUGCCCAACGGGCUCCCUACCCCAACUAUGACCGGGACAUCUUGACCCUUGACAUCAGCCGAGUCACUCCCAACCUCAUGAGCCAUCUCUGUGGAAACCAAAGAGUUCUCACCAAGCAUAAACAGAUUCCUGGGCUGAUUCGGAACAUGACUGCCCACUGCUGUGACCUGCCAUUUCCAGAACAGGCCUGCUGUGCGGAGGAGGAGAAAUUAGCUUUCAUCGAUGAUCUGUGUGGUCCCCGACGUAAAUUCUGGAGAGACCCUGCCCUCUGCUGUGACCUGAGUCCCGGGGAUGAACAGACCAACUGCUUCAACACCAAUUAUCUGAGGAAUGUGGCUCUAGUAGCUGGAGACACUGGGGAUGCCAAGGGCCAGGGGGAGCACGGCCCAACUGGGGGAACAAAUAUCAGCCCCACCCCUAAGCCCAAGGAAGAAUGAGUCACCCCAGAGCCUUGGAGGAUCGGAUGUAGGGAACCCCACCCUACCCCACCCUCCUCAAACACUCAUUACAGUAAACACUUCUUGGAUUUGGUGUUCCCCUUGUCUAUAACACCACACACAAACACACCCUCCUAAGCUUGGAUGAUGUUCUGAGUUGGCCACAGGAGAUGAGCUGCUUGGAUUUCCUUCAGUGAGGGGCCCCUGAGGCCCACUGCCCUGCUGCCACUGACUGAGCAGAUGUUCCACAGGCUGUGUGAUGGGACCAUAACUAAA